CUCCAUUUCAAUGACAUGUCAUGUCAUCUCUGUCGUUCAGUUCGUCGUCGCGACGAUCGAGAUCUUUUGUGUACAUUUAUGAUGUGAGCGUAAAAUUCUAAUUAACAUUGUUUAAUGUAAUAUAACAUAAAUUUAUAAUUGGUGUCGUGUCUAAAUAAAAUAAAUUUAUUUCUCUUCGAUCUGAUUAGGUAGGUCUGUGAAGAAUUUGUGACUCUGACGUCGUACGAACUGUUAUGUGACUGUGAGUACGGUUAUAAUUCUCGAAUCAAUAAAAUUCUCAUUUGAAGUUAUUAUUUCCAAAGUGAAGUUUAAGGUCUUAGAUCUUUAGAAUUUCAUAAUGUCUGCGAUACGAGCAGGGCGCGUUGGUAAACCCAGAAGAAGUCACCAUGCGAAGAGCCGAUCAGUGCUGAGAAUGAUGGCCAUUAUGCAGGACAGGAAUAGCGAGGAGGUACCAAAGGAAUUCCUCGAGACGGGUCGCACGGGGCGCCGGAACGCGAUGCCCGACAUACUGCACCCGCAAGGUGCCGAGGUCACCACGUCGGACUUGCCCUCGCGGCUGCAGCAGCUCGUCACCUCUGGUCAGUAUACUACUACUAGUGGAAUUCCUCUAGACGGAUCGCACGGGGCGCCGGAACGCGAUGCCCGACAUACUGCACCCGCAAGGUGCCGAGGUCACCACGUCGGACUUGCCCUCGCGGCUGCAGCAGCUCGUCACCUCUGAUCUCGACAAUCCACAGCCGGGUUCCUCGAAAACUGCAGAUCAUGACGUGAAGAGCGCGGACGAGCCGCCGGCAAAAAAGGACGGCUGCAGUUGAGCUGUCUCCCUCACUCACGGUCCGGGCCGGACUGACGUGGACUUGCCCAAAGCUUAAGUAAUCUCAACCAGUUAACUAAUAUUACUAAGUACUGAGUUAUGUAGCCCACCUCGGCUUAGGUACGGUGUACAAAAUAGCUUUUUAUGUCAACGCAACGGUGAUUGAUGAGGUAGGUAGGCACUGCAAUGAAACAAAACGAAAUAGGAAGGCUCCAAGUCGAAUUUAACAUUUUCUGAAGUUUAUGUACCUAACGCUUAGGAAUUAGUAGUGUUGUAAGUUUUUUGAAAGAUUUUUACGGAAGGUUCAUUGAAUACCUGAUAUUGAGCAACCAUGAGGUAAUUAAAAAAAUAUUCUUAAAAUAAACUUGCAAGAAGCCAAUUUGUAUUUUUGAAUACAUUAAAUUAAUUGGUUGAAUUUGAACCUAUGAAAUUACGAUUCGUAAUCAUAUUAAUUAUUACAAAAAGACAAUAUCGAAAUUUUAAAAUGAUAAAAAAAAAUAAAGUGCAAUUACCUAUAAUGAAAGCGGGUCAUAUCAUGCAGUACACAUAUGUAUAUAUGUAAUGUUCCCAUGCGCUUAUCUACGACUAUAGUAUGACGUAGUGAAUUUUAUAUCACACGUAGUUUAUUUAUAUAUACAUAUAGUCAGGUAAUUUAUGUUAGUUAGACACUGUUAUUGCCAUGAUGAGCUGAAAAAGACAUUGAAGAUGUCUAGUUUUUUAAUAGCAAUAGGUUUAUUGAAUACAGCUUUAUUUUAAUUUCGCGAACUGAUUUUUUGUAAUGCACUCUCAAUUUGAAGUACAGUCACCAACAUUACUUGUUAUAUAAUCGGUUAUGUUUGGAUGUAACUCGUUUUCUGCUAAGUUGUCUCUAGCUAACUUCAGUAUGUAUUGUUUGUAGCUAACUUCAAUGACGUACUGUCAUAUUUUUGGCUGCUCAAUGACAAUGAUUAACCUUUUGGAUAAAAGUUAUCUUUGACGCGGAAAUUGCAAAAAUAUUUAAACUUAUUUAUAUUAUUUGAUACCGUAUACCUAUUAGCGAUAGCUUUUUUACAUUGCCCUUUUAUUUUAUUUAAAGUAAGAUAACAAAUAGUUGGCCCUUACAAUGUGGUUUAUCUACCUACACCCAUGAAUGAUUUAAAACAGCUACUGAAGAUUCUGAAACAGUUAGCUUAUUGCCAACAUUAAAACAUUCUAUGUCAUAAUUAUAAAAAAUAAAUUAAUAGAACACCACCAAUAGCUUGGGUGUUAUAAUGUUUUUUUUUAUAAAUUUCAUAACACUUUCCCUUUUUAAAUCCUCUCUGCGCUAAUGGCUUGCUCAUCAGAGAGUCACAAUAGGCUAUUUGACAGUAUGAAAAAUAAGGCACUAAUAGGGUAUUUUACAAAUUUUUGAAAAUUGCUUAUAUUUAAAGAUUGGGACAAAUGAUUUAACAGAAAAAUAAAAAUAAAUAAAUUAAUGUAUUUUUUUCUCUACUAGAUCAUUUAAAGUUGAAUUUAUUUUUAUGGUUUUGAAUUUACCGCCCGUUCAGUUCGAGGACAUCUACUGUGUGACGUCAACUUUGUGUAUACUAUGUAAUCAUCUGAAUGUCAAAUUAUUAACUUUUUUUUACGUUCGGGAGAAAUUUAUAUAAUGCUCGCCUUCGCCGCACCCACAUUCGUGAAUUACCCCUCAUUAUAAAACAUUUGCAUAAAUAACUAUAAAAAAGUCUUUAUAAAUGACAUUAAAUGUUGGUUACUGUACUCUAACUGCACUCGUGAGUAAAAUGAGUAAUUUAGCUAAAAUAUAUUGAGUUUGUAAUUGUGUUAAUAAUUCCGUACGUUUAGUCAAGUUCUAUAUUAUAAUGACUAUUUAUUCAAUUUAUAAUGUGUAAGUUUAAUGUUUAUUAGCAACACAUUGAGUAAUUUCUUUAGUACAAUUUACUUUAUAUUUUUUGAGUGAGACGUUUCAUCGGUACAUUUAGUGGUGCUUAUUAUUUGAUAAGUUUAUUUAUUGUUGGUUAUGUAUAUUUGAUAUGCAAAUACAGAAAAAUAUCUUCAGUGUUAAUAUGUAUUUUAACUGACGUUAUUUUUGAAUAUCGGGUGUCUCAUAGCAUUAUUUUCAUUGCCAUGAAACAAAUUGAAUUUCGAUUUAUAGGUACAGUCAACAGCACCUCAUGCCGGCACUUCACUUAGCUAUUCGUGUUUGCUAUUUGUAAAUUGGACAUCAGUCUGUCCUUAUCAUGCUCUUUAUGGAAUGAAAAGGUGAUGCCAAGUUUACAAAUAGCAAAGACGAAUAGCCAAGUGAAAUGCCGACAUCAGAUAAUAGCGUAAUCUCAAAGGAGAUGGUUCAAAAGUGGUAGUUGGUUACCGGCAGUGACAAAACAUAUAUCAUUUGAAAGCUUGUUUUUUAUUAUAACAUGAAUUUAUACUUUUAAUUUAUUAUUUAUCCCCCAUUUAUUAAAAACCGUGUUUAAAUAUUGAACACUUUUGUAAGGAUACUGGCCACCCUGUUUUUAGUAACGUCAUAUUUUUUGUGUAUGGCGCUUAAAACGUGAACUUAAUCCAUACUUAAUCACCAGGGCUAAUAAUGUCAAUCAGUCCAGUCAUGCAUGAUGUUCGUGUAAUCGUGGUGAACUUAUUAUACAAAUUCAUGAUUGAUUCUUCUUGAAAUAAAACACCCACAAAAUACCUAAUGAAAGGCAAACAGAAUAAUAAUCACAGCUUUAGUUAGCUAUUGAGUAGAAUAUAUUUCAUUCUGUGUCAACAAAAAAAAAGAUAAAUAAAGUUGCCAUUUGCCAAUUAAUAAUUGUAUAAUAUUAUUUUAUAAAAAAUAUUAUGAAACGGAGAUAAAUUAAAAUCUGGUUUUUGUGCAAACGAUUUACAAUUAAGUGCACUACACCUCAUAAAAAUUUGGAGUUUGCCGCAGACUGUCUACCAUACGAAUACGCCUCCUUUCCUCGAUGAUUUGAAAUCUUAUAUCAAAAUGAUGUUUAAAGCUUAAGUCAUUUGGAAAAUUUUGUAAUUUAUGGAUAAUUUGACCGGUUGUUGGCUGUACAUUAAAAGAAGGCUGUUAUUUAAAAAAAAUCUUAAAUGUAUAUCUAUGUUGUUAGUCAUAGUUGAUGGCAUAUCUCUUUCUUGUGCGCUUUUUGCACCAUCGACAAUGCAGCGAAAUGCGAGACCGAUUCUGGGGGUUUGCCACGUAACUAUAUUGGCAUGAAUUUAAUGUCAGUAUUGACAUUUGAUACACAUUUUUGUUGAAUGAAAUAAUCGCUUAGCUAGCAAAAUUUCAUAUUAUUUUCACAUAAUAUUAAAAGAGAGACCCUAUAAGCUGGUUAGCAGCUUCGAAAAUCUAUAAAAAUGGGUUUGAAAUGUGAAAUUUUACAUUAAGUUCAUACCAAUAAUGCAGUAAAGUUAGCCCAAGUGAAUAAAAAUGAUUCAGAUUUGAUUUCUACGCUUUUUUAAAUUAAAGCACGGCAUUCAGUCAUAUUGUCGAUUUUUUAAAAAUAAUAUGCCGAUGUUGCUGCCGAUUCUGACAUGAUUAUCUAGACCUAAACUUAAAUUUGACAACAGUGCAUCCUUGGCAUUCUCUAUAUAGAAUGAAAAGGAGGGACUGAUAAGUUAAGAUAAUCAGGCCAGAAUCGCCACUAUUAAAUUACUAUUAUCAUGCACCAGCUAUAAAACGUGAUUUCAACAAAAUUUCGCUGCAUGGCGCAUGUGUGCAAAAACGGUCGCAGCACUACGAUUUUCUUGCUGUCUGUAGUACAGUCGUGUACAACUAUUAUUCUGUAUCAUAAAGUAAUAUUAAUAAGACUUCUACUAUAUGUAGUAAAAUGUUUUUAUCAACUAAUUUCACUUAAUUACUACUUCCACUACUAAAAUAGAGGAAAAAAAUUCAAUCUGAUCUCCGGGUAUAAUUUAUUUAAACAUUUUAGUGUAGUUUAGCGUUCUUGAAUGUUAUUUUGUACGUAAUUUCUUAUAAUCUAAAUACUGAAGGAAGAAAGAAGUAAAUUUAACAAUUUUAUAUCCUGUGAUGUGAUUAACAAUUCAAUCAACAAAUAACGAAGUAUAUAAUUACGAAUAUGUGUAUAACAACGCUAUAUUAUCUAAUUGUUUUGAACGUUGCCUUUUCUGAUGAACGCGUGUACAAUGAAAGUUACAUAAAUAUUUAAGUAGAUCACCUUAAUGUAAUGGUGAUUUUUGUACUGGGUGCUCUGCGUCUAUCGACAACUAUCAAUUAGAUCUGUCGUGCACAAACGUACAGUCACAGAUCUAGUUACCCAAAACUGUCAUUUUGUUUUUACUUUGUGCUUUAUAUUGCUUGUAAUAAGAUUUAAAAUCGAUUAAAAUAAAUUGGCAGUUUGUCGUAACUUGAUAUGUGGCUGCCUGUACCUUAUUGUCGCCUUAUUAUCUUUUCACUUGAGCAGACAUCGAAUUUAAUUGUGCAAACUUGUAUGGGGCCUAUUCGAUGUUCUUGUGUUUCUCUCUCGGGUUGGUUGCCUAUAGAGUUCUUAUGUUGUAUAGUCCGUUUAAAACGUUCUGAGAGCAAAGGUAAACAAAGAGAUACUAAAGCCUGACCAUAGACAGCUUUAUAAUAGGAAUUUGUAGAUUCUUAUACCUAUAAGUUGAUCGAUUGAAAGAUCAGAUUCAUAAAAUUUUAUUAAAAGUUUACACUUAAAACGAUUGAAACGGACUUACUGUGAUAAGAAUUGUAACAAACGUGGCUUAACGAAACAAAUUUGUAGUUAAUAAUUAGAAAUGAUCUUUAUGUUGGCCUAUAUUUCAGUAGGACAUUGGUGUAUUUAACACGGAAUGCUAUCAUAUGAGUAGUAAACUUAGACAUGUACAGAGACAAACAAUUUUUUUGAUGAAAUCAGAAUUCAAUAUAUAUCUUUAUUCAAAUUGAGUGUAUAGUACAACAAUUUUGAAUCCAAAUUUUUGAAAUUAUGACGUUUACAUAGACGGCGUUGUUAGUUCCAAAUUUCGCCACAUUUAUAAAGAUCCUAUCCUAAGACUAUAAGUUUCCUUAAUAAUUAUGUUCACCAUUGUAAUGAAUGUCAUAAUUGAUUUUAAAAUUCUCUGUACCGCAAAAUAAAGUUAAAUAUGGUAACUUUAAUGGUCGGAGUCGACUAGGUUAUUAAUUUCCUUUAUUUGUAUAUUCUGUACAAGACCUAGCCAAAGUCCCAUACAAAUAUGAACUCGGUGCGUCUCCAUUUUUUGCUAACAAUUUUCAAAUAAGUAAAUGGUAACCUAUCCCGUUUUAUAACGAGAGAGAGUAGUACCCCAGUUUUCUACGAAAAGUAAGCAUAGGAUGAUUGGUACCUACAUUUUGAAUUUAGUAGCUACACACCAUUACUUUCUUAGCUAGGUUACUAAAAGCGAUACCACAGAGAUAGGUGACAGAAGAAACGACUUGAAAAUGACGGCGCAUAACUUUCUGUCCCUCUCGAACAUCCUGUUAGAAAUAAUUUGCUAGAGGAACAGAAUACCUGCGUUUUCGUUUGCGAUUCGUUGCUUUAUUAGCGGGCCCAAUACUAAGAUUACCAGUGUCUUCUGACCGAAGGCAGAUAACUCAACCUUUAAUAUUUUAUUUGAUAACUUAUAAUCAAAGUUUUUACUUUUCAUGAGUCCGACUGCUAGAGCGCUCGGUAACGAAACAAUUUCUACGGGAGCUGGUAACAGGCGCCUUUCGUCAUAGUUCUAAUGUCACAUUUGUAAUUGCCUUUUACUGUGCGCGCGAGGAAAUCUAGCAUUUUUAUACUAUAACCUUCUUCAAAUGUGACCAAUUAUCCUAAACUUACUUCAAUUUUGUGUAAGUACUUGUGCUGUCAAUUGUGUACCUAUGUAUAGUUUGUAUAAUGUGUACCUAUUGAUAAUGUAGACAUAUUGUGAUCAGCAGAAGCGUAGUAUACUUUGUAAACCAUUAUAAAUAAAUGAAGACUUCUUAUUUAUUAUGUGAUCAUAAACUUAAAGCAUUUUGUCUUCGUGUCACUUGCAUCGAAGUUCAUCAAUAAUAUUAAACAAAAACAAAAUAGUAUUUUUUUUAGUUUGAUUAAACUAAGAUUUGAAUCAGGUAUUUUGUUGGCAAGUAACUAAUGGUGUGUCAUAGCGCGGUUCAUAAGCAGCAAAAACGCCAAAAUUAUCCAAUCAGAAAUCACUUUAUAAUCCGCAUAUGUGUAGUGAUUGGAUGGUUAUUGUUUGGUGCACACAUCACUUAAUUUAUGUACAGUGCGACAAGUAUCUUCAUGAAUGUGAGUGCCUGUUCAGGGAGGGCGCCACUGUGUACGUAAAUGACGUACAAAUUAAGAUGUUUACAAAGACAUUUCAUAAAGAUUCUUGUCGCUCUAUACAGGCGUAUUAAGGUUCAUGCACAUGUAAGGUUAUAUCGGAAACGGAAUGUUAUCGUAUCAAUUCCCCGUCCACCGAAUUCAAGCAAAUCGGCAAAUACCCGGGGAGCCAUUUAAAAUAAGGCAUUGCGUAUGCGCAAAUAUUUGUCAAACAGUUUGUGACAACAUAUUGUGUUGUACGACAGUAGCGUAGCGUGAGUGAACCCCCACCCCGUCAGAAUAUUUCUUUUUUAAUGUUUAGGUAUCCUUUGUAUAAAAAUAUAUUUCCCGCGUGCAAACUGGGAUAUUUUGUAAAUACAGUAUUUAUUUUAAUUUAUUGACCACAAAUACGUAUUUUUCCUUGGCAGUACCGUUUUUGUCUUGUUAUACUAAGGUAGCAAAGCAUACUUUUGUACCAGUUAGAUAAAUUAUUUCUUGGAUUCAUUCGAAAACUUCAGAAAUGUCUAAUUGGUGAAAUAUACAAAAUAUGUACAUGACACGCCAUUAAUUUUAAUUUUGUUAAAAUGUUCCUUGUUAAUAUUAACUAAACAGCGAGACUUGUUCUAAUAUGGAAACGGUAUCCGAAUAAAUGAUUGAUAUAACU